AUGGGUCUUUUCUCCAAGAGCGAGCUUCCUGUGAAGGACGCAGACCUCGAAUCCAGCGGCACUUCUGCUCUGCCUAGCAAAGGCGCGUCGAUCAACGAGCCGAACGAUGAUGCUACGAAGGAGGCCGGCAGUCUGUCCGAGAAGGCUCCAGCUGGCCCUGACGAACUCACAAAGGCACGAAGCAAUGCCGUUUCGGAAGACUACGAGACUGCCAACCAUGUCACCGGGCUAAAGCUCGCGGUCAUCGUGACUGGUCUGUGUUUGUCCGUCCUUCUCGUCGCCUUGGACAACACCAUCAUCGCUACCGCCAUCCCCAAGAUCACAGAUCAGUUCCAUGCUCUCGAAGACAUUGGUUGGUACGGAAGCUCGUAUCUACUCACUAUCUGUGCAUUCCAGUUGAUAUUCGGCAAAAUCUACACUUUCUUCCCUGUGAAAUGGGUGUUCUUGACUGCCAUCACCAUAUUUGAGAUUGGCUCCGCCGUUUGCGGUGCCGCGCCUAACUCAACGGCCCUUAUUGUCGGUCGUGCCAUUGCUGGUAUUGGUUCAGCCGGUAUCUUCUCCGGUGCCCUGAUUAUCAUUGCAUACUCUAUCCCAUUGGAGAAGAGACCUAUGUACACUGGAGCUAUUGGAGGAAUGUAUGGUAUUGCCUCUGUUGCCGGUCCUCUGAUGGGUGGUGCGUUCACCGACCACGUCUCAUGGAGAUGGUGCUUCUAUAUCAACCUGCCCAUCGGUGCCGUCACCAUUCUCUCCAUCCUCAUCUUCCUUAAACACCCCAAGCAGAAGCUCGACAACAACCAUACAUGGAAGGUCCGCCUCAUGAAGCUCGACCCCAUCGGUACCGCGGUGUUCAUGCCCAGCAUCAUCUGUCUUCUGCUCGCUCUUCAAUGGGGUGGCACCAAGUACCCAUGGCGCAAUGGUCGCAUUAUUGCCCUCUUCGUUCUCUUCGCCGUCCUCAUCUCUAUCUUCAUUUAUAUCCAGAUCAGAGCAGGCGACGAAGCCACCGUUCCCCCUCGCAUCCUGAAGCAACGCAGCAUCGCCUCUGGUGCAUUCUUCCUUUUCAUGCUUGGAAGUGCCUUCUUCAUCAUGGUCUACUACCUCCCCAUCUGGUUCCAGGCUAUAAAGGGUGCCACUGCCACUAGCUCCGGUGUCAUGAAUAUUCCCAUGGUUCUGUCGCUGGUCGUUCUCUCGAUUCUUUCUGGUAUCAUCGUCACCGCCGUCGGAUACUACUCCCCUCUGUACUAUGUUUCUUCCGUCAUCACCUCCAUUGGCGCCGGCCUUCUCACCACGUUUACCACUGAAACCAGCAAAGGCAAAUGGAUCGGCUUCCAAAUUAUAUUCGGUGCAGGUGUCGGAACUGGUCUCCAGCUUUCCAUCAUCGCUGCCCAGGCCGUAUUGGACCUUGAAGAUGUCGCCGUUGGAACCGUCAUCAUGAUGUUCUGCCAGACUCUCGGAGGAGCCUUGUUCGUCUCAGUUGCUCAGAACGUUUUUACCAACCUUCUUACGUCCGGUGUUGUCGAUGCUGCUCCGGGCCUUGACCCCCAGCUUGUGCUAAGAGUUGGUGCCACUCAGCUAAAGUCCAUGAUUCCACCAGAGUACCUUGAUGGCGUGCAGGUUGCAUACAAUAAUGCCCUGACCAAUACCUGGUAUGUCGCCACUGCUCUUGCAGCUCUCAGUAUCCUUGGCGCAAUCGGCAUGGAAUGGAAGAGUGUCAAGGGAAAGAAGAUCGAAGCCGCAGCCGUAUAA